AUGAAGUUGGCAAAAAUAUGGGCAUGUAGAGAAAAAUUAAAGGAAAAGACUAAGGAGCUGACAAUGCUACAGCAGCAGGAGAAUCCGGCUAAUGUGGGCAAUAUUAAAUUGUUGCAAGGCGAGAUUGAUGUUCUAUUGGAGCAAGAAGACACGCGGUGGAAGCAACGGGCCAAACAAAAUGGGGGGAACGAGUGGAGUAACAUAGAAGAUAUUAGCAAUGCCUUCAUUGAGUUCUACCAAAAACUCUUCACUACCGAGGUGGUCCAAGGAGUGGAUGAGUGCUUGGCUGGGAUGGAGGGGAGAGUCACGGAGGAGAUGAAUAAUAUGCUUCUUAAGCCGUUCACCCAAGGUGAAGUGGAAAGUGCCUUGCAUCAGAUGCACCCUUUAAAAUCCCCCGGACCCGAUGGCAUGUCGGCGGUGUUCUACCAACAUUCCUGGGGCAUGAUAAAAAAGGAGGUAUGUAUGGCAGUGCUUGAUUAUUUGAAUAACGGACACUUUGAUUCCUCUAUCAAUGAGACCUAUAUUACGUUAAUUCCAAAGACCAAAGAUCCCACACGUCUUACUGAAUAUAGGCCUAUCAGCUUAUGUAAUGUCAUUUAUAAGUUGAUUGCAAAAGCACUAGCUAACAGGUUGAAGAAGGUUUUGUCACAGAUCAUUGCUCCCAAUCAAAGUGCAUUCAUUCCAGGCCGAUUAAUAACAGACAAUAUCUUGGUGGCUUUUGAAGCCCUUCAUACGAUGGAUGCUAGAAUGUCGGGUAGGAAAGGGUAUAUGGCACUCAAGCUAGACAUGAGUAAGGCCUAUGAUCGGGUCGAAUGGGCUUUCUUGGAGGCUAUUAUGGUAGGAUUGGGAUUUGCAGUGGAAUGGGUGGAGAAAGUGAUGACAUGUGUACGCACGGUCACAUAUUCUAUCCUCAUCAACGGCCAACCCUAUGGGAAAAUUGUGCCAACUCGGGGUAUCCGGCAAGGUGACCUAUUAUCUCCGUACUUAUUUAUUUUAUGUGCAGAGGGCCUUAGCACCUCGAUGAACAAGGCGGAACGGGAGGGAAGGAUCUCAGGACUCCCCAUUGCCCGAGGAGGAACGAAGGUUAAUCACCUUUUAUUUGCGGAUGACAGCUUACUUUUCUGCCGGGCUAGUAUUUUGGAGUGGGAUCGCGUACAACAAGUGUUGGAGGUGUAUGAGAAAGCCUCGGGCCAACAAUUGAACCGAAGCAAGACAUCUAUUUUCUUCAGUAAGAAUACUAAGACUGAAGCCAAAAUGGCCAUUCUUGUUGCAGCAGGGGUGAAUUCCACGGCGAGGUACGAGAAAUAUUUGGGUCUACUGGCUUUAAUCGGGCGAUCUAAGGUGAGUGCUUUCACGAGCAUUACGGGGAGGAUAUGGGAUCGCAUAAAUGGGUGGAAGGAAAAGUUCCUCUCGCAAGCAGGGAAGGAAGUUCUUUUGAAGGCCGUGGUGCAGUCAAUUCCAACAUACACUAUGAGCGUGUUCCAAUUGCCUAAAACGCUUUGCAGGGACAUUAAUUCCAUGAUGGCCAAAUUUUGGUGGGGGCAUAAAGAGAAUGAUUCGCGGAUUGCUUGGAUGAGUUGGCACAAGAUGGGAUUGGCAAAGGAGUGCGGUGGGUUGGGAUUUCGUGAUCUUGAAAUGUUUAACCUCGCACUCCUAGCCAAGCAAGGUUGGAGAUUAUUGAAUAACCCCGGCACUUUAGUAGCUACUAUCUUUCGAGAGAAAUAUUAUCCUCAAGGGGAUUUUUUGGGAGCAAAUCUGGGGAGGAAACCUUCAUAUGCGUGGCGAAGUAUAUGGAAUGCUAAAGGCUUACUCAAUGAAGGUUUAAUUUGGUGUAUUGGUUACGGAGAAUCAGUAAGAAUCUGGGAAGACCGUUGGCUUCCAUCUAGUGGCUCACAUAAAGUUCAAUCUCCAAUCAAAGUUUUACCUAGAGAUGCCAAAGUGAGUAAUCUCAUCAACCCAGAAACUAAAUGUUGGGAUACGGCCUUGGUACAGAAUGUUUUUACUGAAGUCGAAGCCAGGGAGAUAUGUGGAAUGGUGGUGUGCCCUACUACUAGAAGAGACAGAUUGGUCUGGGCAGGGGGGAAACAUGGUGUAUUUACAGUGAGGAGUGCCUACCAUCUCGCAAAAGAAAUUGGGCAAAGGGAAGAAGGGAGCUGCUCCAAGGAAAAUUUGCAGAAGAAGGUGUGGAAAGGGAUAUGGAAAAUUCAAGGAGCAAGUGUGGUUAAAACCUUCAUGUGGCAAGCAUGCAAUAAUAUUUUGCCCACUAAGGAGAUGUUGUAUAAGCGAAAGAUAGUGCAAGAGCCUUCUUGCCCGAUUUGUGGUUUGACAAAUGAAACAGUGGGCCAUAUACUUUGGAACUGUCCAUCAGCUAAAGAUGUGUGGACCGAAUGCUCUCCCAAAAUCAGUAAAUGUUCCAGCAUUGAAGAUGAUUUCAGUGCUAUUAUGGCCCAUCUGUUGGAGAGACUGGAUGCGGACCAGUUACAACUUAUGGCAGCAGUAGCUCGGCAAAUUUGGCUAAGGAGAAACUCGGUGGUGUUUGGGGGGGAACUGACUGACCCAGGUACUAUCAUACGUUGGGCCAAGGAUCAAGUAGAAAAUUGGUGCACAUUCUCCAAACGAAUACCAAAGAGGGAGGUAGUGUUGUGGCCACCUUCUCCUGCUGCAUGGACCAAGCCGCCUCAGGGCUACACGAAAAUCAACUGGGAUGCCUCGGUAGACAAACGGCAAAACAGGAUGGGCGUUGGGGUAGUGGUUCGUGACCAUGACGGCAGAGCUCUUGUGAUGUUUGGCACGAGCAAGGAGUAUGUGCAGGACCCAUCGAUGGCGGAAGCCAUUGCAGCAAGGGAAGCGGUGUUGCUGGCACAGCGAUUGGAAUUACGGCAUAUCAUACUUGAAGGGGACUCCUUAGAAAUUGUCCAAUUGUUGCAAAAGGAGGAAGGAUGUUGGUCGAUAUAUGGGCAGGCGGUAAAUGACACAAAGAAGAGAUUGCAUUCAUGGCAGGGGUGGGGAAUUCAACACGUGAGAAGAUCGGCCAAUGGUGCUGCCCACCAACUCGCCAAGCUGGCUCUAGGGUGUGAUGCUGCGCAGGAGUGGAGGGGGUCUUUCCCACAGUGUGUGCUUUCUAUUGUAUCCAAGGAAUGCUGA